AGACGAAAAUUGGGGGGGGAAUGAAGGAGGAGCGAACCAUUCAUAGAGAGGUUGUCGCGAAGAAGAGACGAAUCUGAAAUUUGUGUGAGAGGAGAGAGAGAGAGCGCUGAACGACUAUGGCGAUGCUAGAAAGCAUUGUCGUUUUCACCCUCCUUCUCCUUAUGUUGAUUCUUAUCGUUAUCCUCAUCCUUGUUGCUUUCAAACCAUGGCGCUUCUUCUCCUUCGCCGUCUCCCUUUUCUCCUUCUCUUCUCGCUCUCGCACCGUCAAGGUUGAUGAUGUUGAGAGGCCUCUAGUAUCAGAUGAUGCCAAUCUCACUCGAGAUCAAAGCAAUGAUUUGACGAGAAAUUAUGAUUUAGAGGGAGCAUGUUACCAAAACGAAGCUCUUCUGCGCCCACCUCGUAGUGAGGGACUUGUUCACAAACAACGGAUUCCCUCAGGAUCUCCCCAUUUGGCUCAGGGUGAUAGCCUGGUUCUAGAUGUAAUAUCUGAUCCUCCAGAGGAUAUUUUGGUUGGGCAGACGCUAAAGCGCCCACCGGCCACAGAGCACCCAGUUGAAGUGGUAAAACUUGGUAGACCUGAAAAUCAAAGUGAAAACAGUAUUCAAGAGUUUGUGCCCCAGGCUACCAGUGAUCAACGAAGUUGCCUCUCUCUUGAGGUUGUCUCUGGUCCUUCUCGUGGAACUCGUUGUUCUGUGCAGUCAAACACUUCAAGGCUGCCUUUGACUCUAGGGAGAGUUUCUCCAAGUGAUUUAUUAUUGAAGGAUGGAGAAGUUUCUGGAAAGCAUGCAAUGAUAACUUGGAAUUCAAAUAAACUUAAAUGGGAGCUGGUAGACAUGGGUAGCCUCAACGGAACACUAUUGAAUUCUCGACCAAUUAAUCAUCCUGAUUCUGGAAGUAGGCAAUGGGGCCACCCAAUGGAACUUUCAAGUGGAGACACAAUAACACUUGGAACAACAUCAAAAAUACAUGUUCAUAUUUCAUUCCAAAAUGAGUGUCUGAUUCCUUUUGAAGUUGGUAUGAUUUCGGACCCUAUGUCGUUACGCCGAGGAGGAAGGAAGCUUCCCAUGGAAGAUGUUUGCUAUUAUCAAUGGCCACUUCCUGGCAUUGAUCAGUUCGGGGUGUUUGGUAUCUGCGAUGGGCAUGGUGGUGUUGAGGCUGCCCAAUCUGCGAGCAAGAUUCUGCCUGAGAUGCUUGCUACCAUUUUAUCAGAUUCUGUAAAAAGAGAGAGUUUGUCACAACAUGAUGCCUCUGAUGUUCUUAAAGAUGUAUUUUCUCGAACAGAAGACAGCAUGAAUAACUAUUAUGAGGGCUGUACUGCAACAGUUCUUCUAGUUUGGGCUGGUGAUGAUGAAAAGUUCUAUGCACAAUGUGCAAAUGUUGGGGAUUCAGCUUGUCUUAUUUAUCUCGGAGGUAAGCAACUUAAGAUGACAGAAGACCAUAAAUUAACUAGUUAUUCUGAAAGACUCCGCAUCGAAGGAACAGGGGAACCCUUAAAAGAUGGGGAAACACGUCUAUGUGGUUUGAACCUUGCUAGGAUGCUCGGAGACAAGUUUUUGAAGCAGCAAGAUUCACGUUUUAGUUCCGCCUAUAUAAGUCAACCUGUGCAUAUCAAUCAAAUAAGUGGGGCGUUUGCACUACUAGCAAGUGAUGGAUUCUGGGAUGUUGUUAGUGUUAAGAAGGCAGUCCAGUUAGUUGCGCAGAUGAGGGAGGAGCCGGAGAAGGAGAAUUUGGCAGAGAAGGUUGCAAAUGUUUUGUUGAAUGAAGCUAAAACACAGCGAACAAAGGAUAACACCUCAGUUAUUUUCUUAGAUUUUGACAGCAUAUCGAGAAGAGUAUCUUGUAAAGUCGAUGAUUCUUAAUAUGAAUUCUUUUUAAAGGUUUCUAUUUAGAGUGGAAAAACUAUAUAU